AUGAACACCUUCACUUCGAUCUCCCCUGAGGAGAUGCGACGUCGUAAAAUGGUCAAGAGAGGUUUGGACCUCUCUAUUAUGGUCUGCGGUGUUAGAGGAACUGGGAAAUCAAGUUUCAUCAACACACUGUGCGGUCAGCAGGUUAUAGAGCCUACUUCUGAAACUCCAGCGGAUAAUAAUGUUUCGUUCAAAACAUAUAAAGCUGAAAUUACUGAAAUCAACUCCACUCCGAUCAAUCUGGAGAUUGUCACAACACCAGGGUUUGGGGAUAAGAUUAACAACGAAGAAAGUUCAUUAGAGGUUUUAAAAUAUUUGGAGGCACAAUACGACACCAUCUUAGAUGAAGAAUGCCGCGUUGAGCGAAAUACAAAGGCAAAAGAUAAAAGAAUCCAUGUGGUCUUUUAUCUUAUUAGACCCACAGGAAAACCACUUAGAGAGCUUGAUUUAGAAUUCAUGAAAAUGGUCGGGACCAGGGCAAAUGUGAUUCCUUUGUUGUCCAAAGCAGAUUUACUAACCGAGGAGGAACUCCAACUUAACAAACAACUGGUGAUGGACGAUAUCAAGGAUCACAAUAUUCCCAUCUACGAUUUCACACUGAGCUAUGACUCUGUUGCUGACUCAGACUAUUACAAUGAAGGGUUGGAAAUUCAGAAGAUGCUUCCGUUUGCUGUGAUUGGUGGUAAUAACGUGGAAAUCAUCAAUGGUCAAAAAUUUCAUACUCGAGAUUACCCUUGGGGAACUGUUAGGGUGGAGGAUCCUGACCACUGUGACUUUCUACCAUUGCGCAAUAUUUUGUUUGGCUCUUACUUACAAGAUUUCAAGGAUUCCACUCAUUCGGUUCUUUACGAAAAAUACAGAACAGAGAGACUGGCUGGAACUAAAUCAAAGGAUUUAACAUUUAAAUCCGAUGCCCUAUUUGACAGUGUUAAACGUGAAAGUGCAUCUCAGCACUUAGAUAUUUCAGUAACCUAG